UUUUUUAGUGGUGCUGAUGUGGCAUCGAUGAGCUUUUGGGGAGCUCCCACGAAUGCCCUAAGAUCUUCUAAGCUGUCAAACCAGAGAAAGAAAGAGAAGACUGAUCCCACAACGCGUACCGGAGAAGAUUGAUCUCUUCUUAUUUGAAGUCCCCUCUUUCUUCUCUCACUGGUCGAUUUUUCGUCAUUCCGUCUGCACGAUGGCUCGUAACAAGGAAGCGAUGAUUUUUCUGAUUGAUGUUGGUCCGUCGAUGCAUAGCGUCCUUCCGGAGGUUGGAAAAGUUUGUUCAAUGUUCAUACAGAAGAAGUUGAUUUUUGCUAAAAGUGAUCUGGUUGGAAUAGUUCUAUUUGGAACUAAAGAUACUAACAAUGAGCUUGAGAAGGAAGUUGGUGGAUAUGAACACGUGUUUGUUUUACGUGAUAUUGGAGUUGUGGAUGAAGCUGAUCUGGAAACUUUAAAUCUUCCUAGAGGGACAUUCCCUGGAGACUUUUUGGAUGCCAUUGUGGUUGGUAUGGAUAUGCUGAUAAAGAAAUUUAAUCCCAAGGAAAAACUAAAAAAAUGUCUUCAUCUCAUCACAAAUGCACAAUGUGCUACUAAGGAACCUUAUGAAGGGACGAAAGUGGAUCAGGCAGUAACUAUUGCUCAUCAGAUGAAUGCUCAAGGCAUAAGCCUGAACUGCCUAAUUUUCAGAGAAAGAUUAUGGGGUGUUGAAAAUCAGCAGGUCAUUGAUGAGAAUGACAAACUCCUCAAUCAAUUCUCACAGCAAGCAGUGGCCAAUAUUGUGCAUGUUGAUAGUACGACAUCUUUGUUAGGUGCUAUUAAGACACGGAGAAUAAAUCCUGUCACAAUAUUCAGAGGAGAUUUGGAACUCAGUUCGACAAUGAAGAUUAAGGUCUGGGUAUAUAAAAAGACAGCUGAGGAGAAAUUUCCUACAUUGAAAAAGUAUUCUGAUGAAGCACCUACAAGUGACAAAUAUGCAACACAUGAGGUUAAAGUGGAUUUUGAAUAUAAAAUAAUGGAGGAUCCUGAUAAAAUUGUUCCCCCAGAGCAAAGAAUUAAAGGCUAUCGUUAUGGCCCUCAAGUUGUUCCUAUAUCAGCUUCUGAAUGGGAAGCAGCCAAAGUCAAACUUAAAAAGAGUGUGAAGCUUUUAGGAUUUACCAAGGCUUCAAAUAUAUCACGGCACUAUUAUAUGAAGGAUGUCAAUAUCUUUAUUCCGGAGCCAGGGAAUACAAAGGCGAUUAUUGCAGUUUCAGCUUUGGCUAGAGCAAUGCAGGAGAAAAACAGGUCUGCAAUUUUGCGUUGUGUAUGGAGAGAAGGUCAAGGAAAAGUUAUUGUUGGGGUUCUAACACCCAAUUUGUCAUCCGUGGAUAAGAUACCAGAUUCAUUUUACUUCAAUGUGCUUCCUUUUGCUGAAGAUGUUCGAGAAUUUCAAUUUCCUUCACUUAGCAAGUUCUCAUCAUGUCAACCAGAUGAGAAACAACAAGAAGCAGCAGAUGACUUUGUUAAGAUGUUGGAUCUUACAUCUUCUAACGGAAAAGAAUUGCUUCAGCCUGAAUAUACUCCAAAUCCAGUUUUGGCGCAAUUUUAUCGCUUUCUUGAUUUAAAAUCAAAGGAUCCAGGGUCGGACAUACCUGAACUUGAUAAUAGUCUUAAGAAAAUAGCUGAACCCGACUUUGACAUUCUUUCAAGAAACAAGUCCAUUACUAACCAUUUUGAGAAGCAGUUUGAACUGAAGGAGAAUUCAAAGAAGAGGAAGUUAUCUAGACAUGCGUGGAGGGGAAAACCAUCUGUUUCAGAUGAAAAGGAAGUUGGUAAGGAAGGUGAGGUUCCUGAGACUCAGAGUGCUAGUCUGGUAAAGGCCUUGCCUUCAACAAAUGUAGAAAAGAUUGGUGAUUUGAACCCGGUGCAAGAUUUUGAAGCUAUGAUGAAACGUAGAGACAGUUCAAAAUGGACUAGUAAAGCAAUCAAAGAUAUGAAAAGUCAUAUUUUUUACUUGUUAGAAAAUUCUUUUGAAGGGCAUUCCUACCAAAAGGCCAUUGAAUGUUUGAUAGCUCUUCGUGAAGGAUGUAUUCUUGAACAGGAACCAAGGGAAUUCAAUGAUUUUUUGCUUGAUAUGUGCAAGAAAUGGAGCAAAACUGACCUGGCUGACUUUCUUUCCCUUAUGCCAUCAAAGAACAUCACCUUGAUCAGCAAAAUUGAAGCCGCAGACAGUGACCUAACAGAAGCAGCAGCGAAAAACUUCCCAGUUACUUUCAAUGAGUCUCCAGAGUAAUAAACAAUGACACUGGACCUGCACAUUUAUGCCACAUGAUAUUGCAAACACCAUCAUGUGGUUUUUUGGGCGCAUCUUAUCUCCAAUAUGAUCGAAAUGGUCAAUAGUUAGUGUUGUGAAUCUGUAAUACAUAAUCACAGUGUCGCCGUUGAUAUUUUGUCAUGAGUGAGGACUGUAACAUGAGCAUGAAUAUUACCCUUCCUAGUCAGAUGUCUCUCAUGUGACACGGCUACACAGCUUGAUGUGCAUGAACUCAUUCCAUGGAGAAAGAAAAAUGACGCAAUGAUGUUCUAUAGCAUUGAAUUUGUAAAGAUACAGAAUUAGGAUUGUAAACGAGCUGAGGCAAGCUAUGUUUUGUGGUUUUCA